AUGUCGGAUCGUUUUACGAAACUUACAUUAAAUAUAUAUGGAGGAGAAAAUCAAUUGAAUUCUUCUUGUGAAAUAAAGCCUCAUUCGACUCCAGCAACGCUUUUAUGGUUGGGAAAAAAUUACGAACUUGCCGAAGGGAUUUGCAUACCACGAAAUACUUUAUAUUCUCAUUACGUACAUUUUUGUCAAACUAAUUCAAUGAGUCCGUUAAAUUCAGCCAGUUUUGGAAAAAUAAUACGACAAGCUUUUCCAUCGUUAACAACAAGAAGAUUAGGUACGAGAGGUCAAUCUCAAUAUCAUUAUUGCGGUAUUGCAAUUAAAGAUUCAUCUCCUUACUACGAUACUGCAUUUUCUAAAAUGAUAUUUACCUGCAGCGAUGGGAAAAAAACUUUGGAUAAAAACAACGCAAAAAUAUUUUUUUCUAAAAACAAAGGAAAUGUUAAAAUUUGGCCUAAUUUUCCAAACAUAAAAGAAAUUCCGAUGCCUCCUCACGUAUCAGAAGAAAAAGUUAGUUCGUUUAUUAUUAUGUAUCAUACGCAUUGUCAAAGAAUAUUCGAUACAAUCAUAAGAGGAACACUUGACGAUGCAUAUCAAUUUUUGGAACAUUUUUGGCAAGGUGUUCCGUCACAUUUGACUGAUCUUUUAGAUACAAAUACUGUGGUUAACAUGGUAGGAGUUUGUGAUUCGAUACUUUACAGAACAAUAAGCAGCGUUUUCAUGCCAAGUGUUCUUAAGAAAUGUUCAGAUAAUUUAAUUCAAAUGAUACGAAAUUUUGCUGAUAAAUUGGAAAAUUGGAUAAAUUCUGCUUUGACUGAUGUUCCACAAAGUUUAAAGACUGUAAAAUUAAAAUUGGGAAAAAGAUUUUGUACUACUUUAAAACGUCAAAUGAUUUUAUAUCAACUUACACACACGGCUGAAAUCGUUCUGAACAAUUGCGAAAUGAUGAAUCACAUUAACAAAGAUUGGAAAAGAAUAAAUUUAGAACCAAUAACAAAACAAGCAUUAUUAUUUACAGAAGGAUCAAAUGAUCACAUUGAAACAAUUCAACAAAUAAAUAAAUAUUGGAAAAAUUUUCAAGAACUUAUCGGAAGACAAGCGACAAUAGAAGAUUUUACGGAUACGAUCGAAACAAUAGUUCACAGAUGCAUCGUGGAAAUGUCGGAAAAAAAACAAAUACCAUUAAGAAAUGUUGCGAAAUCAUUUAUUUUACUUUGGCACGUUAUUGAAUCAUUGAUAUCAAGAGAUAUGACUAUUCAUUCAGCUGCAUCAUUUGGUUCGUUUCAUUUGAUACAAACAAUGUUUGAUGAAUAUAUGCAUUAUUUAAUAGAAAUGCUACAUUCGGAAGAUAUAACAAAAUAUUUAUUAAAAAAUAUAACUCUUGACGUAUUACCUAAUUUAGAUUUAAGUUGGACAGAAUAUAAUGAUAAUAAUUGUUACGAUGUAUUUAAUUCGACGUCUAAUUUACGUUCUUUGGCAAACGUUUCAGGUACGUGUUAA